AUGGGUAAUAAAAUCUCUCCACUCUUGGCGGAAUCAUUUAUGAGUGACUUUGAGGCGGCAUUACAAAAAGAAAAAUACUUUCCGAGAGUAUGGAAGCGUUAUGUAGAUGAUGUUUUCGCUAUCGUGAAAGAACGACACCUUUCACAAACGCUCGAAUUAUUAAAUUCCCGACAUCCUACAAUAAAGUUCACGGUCGAAAAAGAAGUGGAUGGAAAAAUACCCUUCCUAGAUCUGAUAAUAACUAAAAAAGAGGACAAUACGCUUAAGUUCGGCAUAUACCGAAAACCCACAUCCACGGACCGCUACAUAACGUCGGAUUCAAACCAUUACGGCGCGCAACAACAAGCGGCUUUCCAUGCAAUGGCACACCGCCUUGUCAGCAUACCGAUGGAGAAAGAGGACUUUGUAACGGAAAGGGAUAAAAUAUACGAAGCUGCUAGAAUCAACGGUUUCGACAAUAAUUUUGUCGAUAAAAUAAUUCGUCUGCAUGAGCGCAAGAGACACAGGAAAAAUGUCACUACGUUACAACCGCAGAAAGAUGAUGUACAGCGAAUCAGCAUGCCAUUCUACCCGAAAGCCACCAAUCCGAUUAAGCAACGCCUUAAACGACAUGGGUAUCACGUAGUGUACAAGAGCAAUAAUACACUACGGGAUUUACUUUGUAACACGAAAGAUAAAGUCCCCGCCGAAGAAAAAUCGGGAAUUUAUCAAAUCGAGUGUCAAGAUUGCCCGGCGAUAUAUAUUGGCCAAACUCGUCGAAAAAAUAAAGUCCGCGUGAAAGAACAUAAAGCAGCAACCGAAAAUAAACGUACUAAUGACUCCAGUGUGGCAAUGCAUGCCAUUAGCAGUGAACAUGUGAUAAACUGGAAUAGUGCUAAACUUUUAAAAAAUACUGAAACCGUUAGCGGAGUCCUUCGUAAGGCGGUGUUCGAGCGAAAUGGAAAGCGGCAGCCCAGCACCAAUAGUACUGGAGGACAAUAA